AGGAUGGAAACAUGAGUAGUGACGUCACAUGAGUGCAUCACGUGUUCGGGGUCAGAAGUGUUCAGCAUGGCGGUGGAGAAGCGCUUGGCGUAUUCCAUCGUGCAGUUCCUCCGAGAGCAGACGCGCUCAGGGUCACUCGGCUCCGACGAGCAGGAGAGUCUGGAAGUGGCGAUACAGUGUUUAGAGACGACGUUUAAGAUCAGCUCCAGUGACGGCCAGCUCGCGGCUCCUCAACCUCUCAGGGAGAUCUUCCUUAAUGCCCUUCUCAAGAACGACAUCAUGGGGUCACAGGAGACGUCUGCGCCUGCGUCUGCGGAGGACAUGGAGCGCGCCGAGCAGCUGAAAAACGAAGGGAACAACCACAUGAAGGAGGAGAACUACAGCUGCGCGCUCGACUGUUACACAAAGGCCGUCCAUCUGGACCAAAGAAAUGCAGUUUACUUCUGUAACAGGGCUGCGGCGCAAAGCAAACUGGGAAAUUACACGGAAGCGAUCGGAGACUGCGAGCGCGCCAUCGCUAUCGAUCCCACAUACAGUAAAGCGUACGGACGCAUGGGCUUGGCGCUGGCGGCCACGAGCAAGUUCCCGGAGGCCAUCACUUACUUUAAGAAGGCGCUGGUACUGGACCCGGAAAACGACACGUACAAAUCCAACCUGAAGACGGCCGAGCAGAAAAAGAGAGAAUCCUCAGGUUCUACGGUGUCCAGACUGGGCUUCGACAUGGCCAGCCUCAUUAACAACCCGGCGUUCAUUAGCAUGGCUGCCAGCGUGAUGCAGAACCAGCAGGUCCAGCAGCUGAUGUCGGGCAUGAUGUCUAACGCAGUGGGAGGUCCAGCAGCCGGAGUCGGGGGAAUGUCUGAUCUCUCCAGUCUUAUUGAAGCCGGUCAGCAGUUCGCUCAGCAGAUUCAGCAGCAGAACCCCGAGCUGAUAGAACAGUUGAGGAACCACAUCCGCAGCCAGUCGUUCAGCGGCAGUCCUGAGGAACGCUCCUGAUCCUGAGAGGAGAGAGAGAGAGAGAGGGCGUGGCACUUUACCUGGACGUGAGCGCACGGAUGUACAGACUUUUACACUACACGACUUUCCUCAUUAACCCAUCAUCAGUGUGAGCUCAUAGGGUUCUCGAGUUCUCCAGGUUCCCACUUAGACGUGGUGUUCAUUCCAGCUGUGUCUAAUCUCACCGUCCCAUCUGUAAUAAAAAGCAGGAUUCUGACCAAUCACAGGCGGCCUGUUAGGGUCAACCAGUAGGGUCAUGACGAGAAGAAAAGCAUGUGAUUGGAUGUUGACGCACCAUGUGACUUACACGUAAACACACGUUUUUAUUGGCUGAGGUUUUCCUUUUCCUGCUUCUAUUCUUUGUAAAGAGUGAAUUAAAGGUGCAGUGUGUAAAGUUUAAAACUCUGCUGUAAUAAUCACAUCCUGUUACUGAGUCCUUCAGUGUACAGUCUACGGCAAUGCAUUGUGGGAUAAAAACUAUUCACCUUUAGCCGCAAAAUAGAAAAGAAACUCCAGAAAUAGUGCACUAGGUAGUGAGCAGGGGGAGUGUCUCUACAGACCUUAUAAUGUACAUACGGACAUGACCAGGAUUCUGUUUUUCAUUUCAGGAUUGUUUAUAUUUUUUGUGCCUCUGGAAUUAGCCCCGCCCCCGACCAAUGACAGACAUUUAGAUUUAUUUAUUUUUAAAUAAAAGGAAACUUAAGAAUCAUAUAGGAGUGAACUGGGAGGAACUAAGAGAGUUAUGUUCAGUGCAGUUCCUUACACACUCAGCAGGGGGCGCUGUACAUAUUACAGACUGACGCUUUAAUGAUGAGAUGUGACUGCACAGGGCAGUGAGUGUGAAGGUUAGUAUGGGUGUAAAGAGCUUUCAGCUCAUACUGCAGUGUGUGUGUGUGUGUGUGUGUGUGUGUUAAUUCUCCAUUCAUCUCAAGUCAGUGUGUUUCUCACCUGCUGAUAAUCUACAGCUCUGUAGGUUCUGUGUUCUAGUGUUCGAACAUUAACACAGUGAUUCACACAAACCUGCUCCUGCACUCACUUUGAGAUUCUGCUCCAACACACACACACACACACACACACACACACACACACACGCAGAGCUCAGGAAGGACACUAAUGCGCUGUUUAAUCAGGUCAGUGUGUUGGAGCGGGAACAGAAGUGACUGGAUCAUGUGUGGGUCGACCCCCAGGAGGCGCUGUUUGAUCAGUGAGCGUCUAAUUUACACAUUUCCUCUACAGAACCACGCUGAUAUAUUAAAAAUAAAUAAAAUAAAUGUAACGAGAUGACGGUUAGUGAGGUAGACCUUAUUGUCCUGCAGUAUUUACACCAAUCAGCCACAACAUUAACACCAGGUGAAGUGAUUAACACCCUGAUUAUCAGUUACACUGUUGAGAGGAUCAGGGGCACCACAGGCCCGCCCAGAGACCCACCUACAGGCCCGCCCAGAGACCCACCUACAGGCCCGCCCAGAGACCCACCUACAGGCCCGCCCAGAGACCCACCUACAGGCCCGCCCGUCCAGAGCCGCCUCGGUGACACGGGUGGAACCCAAACCCUGGGUGGUUUUAAUGUUCUGGCUGAUUAAAGUGAAUCAAACACAGACAGAAAUGUGAAGGACGGCCUCACGUUCACUCGCGACAGUUUAUGAUCUUUUUAAGAUUUUCCCAUCAAACACAUUCUCUUUCCUGUCUUUCUUUUUUUCUCUGCUUUAUUCUACCAUUCUAUAAUUCCUCUUUUUCAGUUUUUCUCCUGUUCCUUUCCCUAAAUCUCACACUUCCCUUUCUCUCCGCACUCAUUCCCUUCUUCCUGUGAUUUCCUCCAGUAUUUUUUCUUUUUCUUACUUUUUUAGUCUGUUCUUCUUUUUUAUACAUAUAAUUUUUCUCCUCUGUUCCUCUUCUGCUGUUUCUUCUCUGUCUCUCUCUACACCUUUCUGUCCCCUCACCCGCCGCGUGCAGGAGGAGCGCUGUUGCUCUCACUGUGUUAAUGAAGCAGUCGUUCUGUGCUUUAUGUUCAGUUUCAGAAGAGGAACGCUGUGUGUGUGUGUGUGUGUGUGUGUGUUCAGAGUGCUCUGUGUACAGGAUGGGAGAUUUACAGGACCUUUCCU